AUGCCGAAUAAAACGAAAAAAGAUAAGGAGUCGCCCAAGUCUGGUAAAGCGGGCAAGAGUGGAGGACAGGAGAAUUUAGAGCAUGAGCAGGGCUCUAACAGGAAGGGUAGCAAUAGUGCUCCUCCUACCACUCAGCUGCUAAAGGGGAAACAGCCAGGUUCCCAGACACCUGUCAAAAAGGACAAGAGGCAAAGCUCCUCACGCUUCAGCUUGAGCAACAACAGGGAGCUGCAAAAACUGCCUGCCUUCAAAGAUGUACCCCCCGCAGAACAGGAGAAGUUGUUUAUUCAGAAGCUGCGGCAGUGCUGCGUCCUUUUCGAUUUCGUCUCGGACCCUCUGAGUGACCUAAAAUGGAAGGAGGUGAAGAGGGCGGCGCUGAGCGAGAUGGUGGAGUACAUCACCCACAACAGAAACGUCAUUACUGAACCCAUCUACCCAGAGGUGGUUCACAUGUUCGCUGUCAAUAUGUUCAGGGCGUUGCCACCAUCAUCCAACCCCACAGGGGCAGAGUUUGACCCAGAAGAAGACGAGCCCACGCUAGAGGCUGCAUGGCCACAUCUACAGCUCGUCUAUGAAUUCUUUCUACGUUUCCUAGAGUCACCAGACUUUCAACCUAACAUAGCCAAAAAGUAUAUUGACCAGAGGUUUGUAAUGCAGCUCUUAGACCUGUUUGACAGUGAAGACCCCAGGGAAAGAGAUUUUUUAAAGACCACUCUGCAUCGAAUCUAUGGCAAGUUCCUGGGCUUGCGAGCGUACAUUAGGAAACAGAUAAAUAACAUAUUUUAUAGGUUCAUUUAUGAAACUGAGCAUCAUAAUGGAAUAGCAGAAUUACUGGAAAUACUAGGCAGUAUAAUCAAUGGAUUUGCAUUACCAUUAAAAGAAGAGCACAAGAUAUUCCUGCUGAAAGUCCUACUGCCUUUACACAAAGUCAAGUCUCUUAGUGUAUAUCACCCACAGCUGGCCUACUGUGUGGUACAGUUCUUAGAGAAGGAUAGCACGCUCACAGAACCGACGGUGAUGGCUUUGUUAAAGUAUUGGCCAAAGACCCACAGUCCAAAAGAAGUGAUGUUCCUCAAUGAACUGGAGGAGAUCUUGGACGUCAUUGAACCUUCAGAAUUUGUCAAAGUCAUGGAGCCCCUCUUCAGACAGCUGGCCAAAUGUGUAUCCAGCCCACACUUUCAGGUGGCAGAGCGAGCCCUUUACUACUGGAACAAUGAAUAUAUCAUGAGCCUCAUCAGUGACAACGCAGCCAAGAUUCUGCCCAUCAUGUUCCCAGCCCUUUACCGCAACUCCAAGACACACUGGAACAAGACGAUCCACGGCUUGAUCUACAAUGCUCUUAAACUCUUCAUGGAGAUGAACCAGAAGUUGUUUGAUGACUGCACCCAACAGUUUAGAGCAGAAAAGAGCAAAGAGAAAAGCAAAUGGAAGGAACGAGAAGAAGCGUGGUUAAAGAUCGAAAAUCUAGCAAAGUCAAACCCACAGUUUCUGUUGUAUAUCGAUUCGACAGGCUCAGGCAGUCCGAUGGACAUGGAGACAGACGGGCCACUAUUAGAUGAUGUCGGCAUGCUAAAGAAAACAGUAGAGGAGGAAGCCACACAGCUCCAGAAGGACCAUCGUAGAGAGCGUCCCCUGAUGAGGAGGAAAUCGGAGCUCCCUAAGGACAUCUCCACUGUCACAGCCUUGGAGUUGCACCGGAGGGCCGAGGAAAUGCUAACGCACGACGGCCACUAAAGAGACCACCCAAGUUUGCCACAAACCAGCAGCAGCAGCAUCCACAGAGGAACCACAGGCCGACGGAGGCCAGCACAACACAACUAUGGUAUCUCAGUUCAUCCUAGCACAACACGACAGACAUGAACAGUCCCGGCACCACCUGACACAGAAAAAUGUCUAACGCCGCACAUCGAAGCCUGGUUCGGCUUCAGUUCUGUUCGGACAAGCGGUGCUCGGUCCUUUACCCCCAUCCCCCCACCCCCCCCACCCCAACCCCCGCUGUGAUCCAACAGAGAUGUCUGGACAGUCCUGUUUGACCUCUACGUGUACCCUUGUCCUGAACCUCACCCAAGAUACUGUAGUGUCCUGAUCUCUCUCUCUCUUUCUCUCUUCUAUCCUUCUAUCCUUCAACUCUGUGUUUUUUGGGGUGCUGUGCUGCCCCCUUCUGGUUAUUUCUCUCAGGUGUUCUGUUUUGUGUGAGCUGUCUUCUCUUCUCACCUCUUAUUUAUAGAUGUCAGGUGCUUGUACAAAUUAUAUGAGCCCCCAGCUGUAAUCUCCACAGAGGAAUUCUUUAAUUAAAGCAAAAUAAAUUAAAAAAAAAACAUCAGCUGAAGAUAAAAUGUCGGUUGUUUCUAUAUAUUUAAUAUUAGCUAUUUUUCUCAUAACAUGAAAACUAGACGGCUGUUUAUAUUUUUUCAUACGUAGUAUUUUAGGAGAGUAAAACACACUUCCUGACUUUAUUAAUGUUCUCAUCAAAUUUAUGAUUUUUAUUUUUAUUUUUCUCAAUCAGCUGUAAAAAUUGAUUGAUCAUUGUAUUAAUCAGGACGUUGUCAUCGUGUUUUAACAAACUUCCUGUUCAUCCUAAAGUGCUUUCCACACAGAGGUUCAGGUGCAAGCUUCGUCUAUGUUACCGUGUAGGGGUCUAGUUUAGUGCCAACUCCUCUCUGUGGUUUUGCUCCUUUCUUGAAAAUUAUCUUUUGAAUUGUUCAGGCAAUAAGUUAACGCAGGUUGUGGCGGGUGUCGACGGCUCCCACAGCAGCUGAUCAGAUGGUCGAUUACACGUUUAAAACCAUUUGAUCAGUUCAAGUCCGAGCCUGGUUUUGCUGCGCCAGAUACACGAGAAGAUUUGUGAGGUUUAUUUUUAGUUCCUCUUUCACAUUCAGCCAUUGUUGGAGUGUGUUUCACUCGGUCAUUAGCAUUCACUACAAGUCACGGUCAUUCAUACGAGGCUUAAGGGAGAUCAGAGAGAUGUAGUUUCAAGUCUGGGAUUUUACUGUGUGUCGAGAAGUCAGCGGGGGCAGAUAGUGAUCACUUUUUCUACUCUUCUCAAGCAAGUCCCUUUUAUUUAUAAAAUACUUGUCAAGAUUAGAUUGCGUCAUAGAUGAGGUAUGUUUGGUCUGGAAAAAUCAAACAUAAGCCUUUCUUUUCACAGUGCCUUUUACAGUCUGAGGAGACAUUCGCUCAACUGAGAAUAGAGUAGUAGCAUUGACUAAAAUGCCAGAUUAUUUAAAAUUGUAAUAGUAUUUUCCAGCAAAGAUGCAUUUUAUGUUGGCACACGGCGCUGUUCUGUAACAGCAGAAUGCAUCUCAGCAGCUCGGACCCCCCAGCACAUGCCUUGUUUAAGCUACAAAUUUGAUGGAUUUGUAGUUUGGAGAGGAGCAGCAGAGUGGUCACCCCAGCCACUUCAGCAAUGAAGCACUUCCUGAUAAAACUUGAAAGAAAAUAGAAACACAACUGAAAAACAAACUAGUAAUGAAUUGAAAUCCGUGAUGCUGUCUGUCUUGGUGUGUGGGCUCACCUCCCCUGGGUGCCUGUUGAUACAAGCUAGCCUCCACAGGAGAGGAAGUUGCCUCCCAUUGUUGUUGUAACUUUCCAUUCUGUACCCCCCUCCCCCCUUUGCCCCCAUUCCACUUUUGAUUUGUGUCCCUGUAUUGGCAGUACUAUUGUCCCCCCCCCGUUAAAGCUUACUACACUGUUGGGCUCAUUAUUUGGACAUCUGUUUGAUCUGCUUCUGGAUGCUUGCAAGUUAUUUUUGUUGUGGUUUUUAUUCUCCUUUGCCGGCAGAACCUCUUGUCAGUGUUUCAACUGAAUGUGCAAAUUGUAAAUAUUACUGCAGUCACAUUGCUCUGUUUCCUCAUGUUUGUCUUGAAGAACAACAUUUGCCAAUGACUAAGGCUUUUAUGAAAACCUACACUGGGAAUUGCAGUGGAUUUUAAUGAAAGAAGUCAUAUGCAUCCCAUCAGUAAUCUCCAUCUUCUGAUUGUCGGUUGUGCUAUUGGAGCAUAGCAGUGUCCCUUUGGUGACUGUUGUUCUUCUUGAAAUGGCUUUAAUAUUGGCUUCUUUGGAGGUCUCCUCAUUUUACAUAAGCUUUGUUUUCUUUUUCUUUUAAAAGAAUGAUAAUUGCAAGUGUCCUUUAGUAUAUGUCUCAUACUAAAUGGCUUCAUCUAAUAUUGUACAUACAGUAUAAUAUACUUUUAUUUUAUGUUAUAACUAUUAUUAAAUGGUAGAUUUCAUAUUUUGUACAAAAUAUUCUGUGUACAGAAUACAGAGGUUAUUAGCAACUGCAGACAGUUGGUAUGUGGCACAGACUUCAACACAUGUGACUAUUUACAUUAGAAACCGUAAAGAAUUUGGAUAGUUUUUUAUCUAUUUGUAAUCCGACAUAUUUCCGUUAUGUUUCCACCUCCAGACAUGUGUUGAGAUCCUACAUACAUGAGCUUUUUGUGUGUGCUUUUAUCCGAAUCUCCAGUGGUGUACAUCUAUCUAUAUUCAGCAAAUAAAGAGAACAUGUGAGUUUUAUAUUUUCAUCCUAAAAA